AUGACAUUUUCCCCGCAGAAUGAUAUACCGGAUCUGGCCGGCAAGGUCAUCAUCGUAACUGGUGGCAGCAGUGGUCUUGGAAAAGAAAGCGUUAUCCAGCUGGCCAAGCAUAACCCGGCGACUAUCUACCUCACAGCCAGGACAGAAGCCCGUGGCAACGCCGCCAUCAAGGAGGUGGAGCAAGCCGUACCGGCAGCCAAGAAUAAGAUCAAAUAUCUCGAGCUAGACCUGGGCUCCUUCGCGUCGAUAAAGAAGUCCACCGACGCUUUCCUCACCUCAUCCGACCGUCUCGACAUCUUAAUGAACAAUGCAGGCCUGAUGGCCACCCCUCCAGGCCUGACAAAGGACGGUUACGAGGUUCAAUUUGGCUCAAAUUACAUGGGCCCAGCCCUCUUCACCAAGCUGCUGCUCCCGAUCCUCAUCAAAACUGCCGAACAGCCCGGAUCCGAUGUCCGCGUUGUCAACCUGAGCUCCGAACUCUUUAAACAAGCGCCCUCUGAAGGGAUUCUGCUCUCAAAGUGUAAAACACCCCUCGACGACAUCUCCAGCUUGGCUCGCUACGGUCAAUCGAAGCUCGCAGACUACUACCACACGCGCACGCUCAGUCAGCUGUACUCCUCCAUCAAAUUUGUCGCCGUUCAUCCCGGUGUUGUCAACACUGGCCUCUUUGACGACUUUAGAAAGAGACGGCCCUGGGUUGGUGGGGUGAUUGGUGUGCUUGGGUCGAUUUUCCUGACUGACGUUCACGCGGGUGCGCGAGCUCAGCUCUGGGCCAGCACGGCUCCUAGUGCGAGUGUGAAGAGCGGAGGCUUUUACAAUCCAAAACAAAAGCAGUAUAAGGAGGCAAACUUGUUUGACGAUAAGGCUGCCCAAGAGUUGUGGGAUUGGACUGAGAAGGAGCUUGCGGGUCAGUAA